ACACAUACUCUACAUUUAUUGUAAAUAAAUUAUCAUAGUUCAACUAUUCUGUAAGUUAACGAUCGACGUCUAACACGAGGAAGAAAAUGACGCGGGUGGAUGAACUUGACUUUAACGAUAUUCCCACAAUACCGGAAUACUACAAAGGGAAAACAAUUUUCAUUACUGGCGGGACAGGUUUCCUAGGAAAGCUGCUUAUAGAGAAGCUACUAUAUUCAUGCUCAGAUUUAAAACAUAUAUAUUUGUUUAUAAGAGCCAAGAAAGGUGUUUCUCCCGAACAGAGAUUAGAGAAUCUGUACAAAAACUCCUGCUUUGAUAGGCUCAGGAAAGAAAAAAGCGGACUAUUUCACUCUAAAAUAACAGUCGUACCGGGAAAUAUGAUUGAAAAAGACUUGGGCAUGUCAGAAAGAGAUCGAGCUUUUGUGCUCGAAAAUACGAACAUCAUCAUACACGCCGCUGCUACUGUCAGAUUUGAUGAAACCUUAGAUGAGGCGCUGGAAACCAAUCUAAUAGGAGCAUUGAAACUGAUUGAACUAGCAAAGCUGACACGUAACUUGGAGAGCUACGUGCACGUGUCUACGUCAUUUUGUAACCUCGAUUACGAGAGAGUGAUACAGGAGAAGAUGUACCCCCCCGCGGCGGACUGGCGGGAGAUCAGGGAGAUAGUGUACAACACGGACCCGGCAGCACUACGGGUUCUGACCCCAAAGCUUUUAGGAAAAUUUCCAAAUGCAUACGCGUUCACAAAGAACCUGACCGAGCACGCCGUGUACGAGCUUCGGGGGAAGCUGCCCAUUGUGAUAGUGCGACCGUCUAUAGUUACAGGGUGCAUGUCGGAGCCGUUUCCGGGUUGGAUAGACAACUUCAAUGGCCCUGUUGGGCUCCUCACCGCCGCUGCACAAGGCAUCCUCCGAACUGUGUAUGCUGAUAAGGACGCGAAAAAUGACUACGUUCCAGCUGACAUUGUCAUCAAAGGGACUCUCAUUGCCGCUUGGACGAGAGGAAUUAAAAAGUUAGACAAGACCGAUGACAUCCCGAUAUACAACGCGUGCGUGGGCGAGGAGCAAGGCACGUCGUUGACGGAGUUGCACGCGAUGGGCGAGGUAGUGACGCCGUUGAUCGCCUUCGAGUACACGCUGCGACCCAUAUACGUCAUUUACACGCACUCCAAGUUCUUCUUUACUAUUAAUAUGUUAAUAUCUCACUUUCUGUUGGCUGUUGUGGUGGAUACUAUUCUUCGAGUAGUAGGGGGCCAGCCAAGGUUAUUAAAAGUCCAACGUCGCGUGCUAAUCGCGAACAUAGCGCUCGAAUACUUCAUGACGCGAACGUGGUGCUUCGCCAACGACAACUUCGUGCGUCUCCCCUCCCUACUACCACCUCAAGAUCGGGACCAGUUCCACUACAAGACUGCGGGGGUCAAACUGCCCGAGCACCUCUACAACGCCGGACUAAUAUUGAGAAGGGAUCUUUUGCAUCAGAACGAGAAAAGUUUGCCCAAGUGGAGAAAAAUUUAUAGAUGGCAAUCGAUAAUCGACAGAAUAGUGUCAUACACUUUCUACGCCUUCAUCUCGUGGUGGGUGCUGGGCCGGCUGCUAGCGACAGCAGUGUAACAUUGUAUUGUAUCGUUUACGUGUCACUUAUAAGGUAAUUCAAGAAACUAUAAUUUGUAGAAUCAAGUAUAUAAAAUAAACUAUUUAUUGCAUAAUUUC